UCAAAUUAAACUAGUUUUACAAGUUAUUUUAACAGGUGAAAUCCGUAGAAAAUUCUCCUAAAUGUUUUUUCUAUUAUCUGAUUUGUAUUUUUUUUAAAAUAUAAAUAAUAAAUAAAUUUUCCAAUUUUAAAAUUUAAAUAAAUAAAUUAUCCAAACCAAAACAACAGUUUUAAAAAAUAAAAUAAAUAAAAUAAAUAAAUAAACCGAAGUAACUGUAAAUGGAUUGAGGCAAAUAACCGUCAAGCCGCCACAAUAACCCACUCUUCUCCCUACAUAACCCACUCACCCCUCCCACUUCCAAUUUUUCCACUCUUCUUCUUCUUCUUCUUCUUCUUCUUCUUCUUCUUCAUCGCCCUCCUCUAUUCAAUUCCAACUCCCAUCUUUUCAGUUAUUUUCCGACAGCAUUUAACCCCUCUUCCAAAUUACACAUUCCCCCUUCCAUGGACGAUACUCCUCUUCCACCACCACUGCCACUACCGCAGUCGCAACUGCAAAUUCAACCGCACCCGCAACUGCAACCAGUACCUCUCUCGGUGGCUCCUCCCAUUCAAAUUCCUUACGUUCACAAUCACCAAAAUAUACAACUUCCUUUCCUUCCUCCCACCACGCCAACCUCCUCCUCCUCCCCAACUGCCUCCCUCCGAAAGAAACGCCGCUCUAAACUCCUCCGCAUUGACACUGCCACUGCGGCCCCCAAGAAACCUGAGCCCUCGACCACAGAGAUCACUCCACCAUGCACUGAGUGUGGGAAAACGUUUUGGUCCUGGAAGGCUCUCUUUGGUCAUAUGCGCUGCCACCCUGAACGUCAGUGGCGUGGCAUUAACCCCCCACCACACCUCCGUCAGCGCCCUACACCUCCUCCUACCCCUAGCACCACUGAUGACCGAGAGGUCGCUGCUAGCCUCCUCUUGCUCGCCGCUGGCCCCACAUCUCCUGACUUCGCAACAACCUCCAUGGCUAGGUUUGAGUGCUCUAGUUGCAAGAAGACUUUUGGGUCUCACCAGGCGCUUGGUGGCCACCGCGCCAGCCAUAAGAAUGUCAAGGGAUGCUUUGCCAUCACCAAGGAUUCCACCGAUCACGUUGAGGAUGAUCACUUCAUGACCAUGCAAAGUGGUCCGAGUCAUGACGAAGGGAUUGGGCUGAGCCUAUCUUUGGGCUUGGGGUUAGGCUUAGGAGUGGGUCACAACAUUCACAAGUGUGGGGUUUGUUUGAAGGUCUUUCCUACUGGGCAGGCCUUGGGUGGACAUAUGAGGUGUCACUGGGAAAAGAGUGAGGAUCAACCAUCGCCAUCACCAUUGUCUUUUGGGCUUUCUAUUGGGUCAGAUUCAAGGCCCAUUAAGCCCCAAAGUGGUAUCGAUCUUAACCUGCCCGCUCAACAUCUUGUGGAUGCUUCUUCUUCCUCUGUUGGUUCUUCUAAUAAUAUGCAAUUAGAGCUGAGCUUAGCAAUAUAAUAAUAAUAAGGUGUGUUAUUAUUGAUUGUUGUAAUACUAAUUAAUUAAUGACUUACUUGUCACAUCUUCUUCAAGUGUGUGAAAGACUAACUAUUUUUACUGUGUGGUGUGUGUUUCAUGAAAACAUAUAUAAACUCAUUGUUUUAGGUUUGGGUUCAUGUAAUAUUUCAUUUGACACAACGCUUCAAUCAUCAUAAUAUUAUUACUCA